CUGGAAAACCCCCUAUCGACUGUCUUGCGGGAGCAAAUCUAAAUAUUGUCUGUGUUUUUGCCCACUCCAGGAUGACCGAAAAGCCUGUCCUCGAUUACUCGGUCUAUCUCGUUACUGGACGAGAUCUCCUCCCCCCGAACAAGAGCUAUCUAGAAUGUCUAGAAGAGGCGAUUAAAGGUGGAGUAACAGUCGUGCAAGUGCGCGAGAAAGAUGCAGAGACGGGAGAGUUUCUAGCGAUCGCCCUUCAAACAGUCUCUCUCUGCUCCAAGUACAACGUCCCAGUCCUGAUCAAUGACCGACUCGACAUCGCUCUAGCCUCAAAGGCAGCCGGAGUCCACCUCGGACAAACUGACAUGCCCAUCUCGGUCGCGCGCUCCCUCCUGCCUGCUAACUCUAUUAUCGGCAUCUCAUGUAAUACCCCCGAACACGCAAAGAAGGCGGUGGAAGAAGGUGCAGACUAUGUCGGACUUGGGGCUGUUUAUGGGACGAAUACGAAGGAUGUGACGGCACCAGGGAAGGUGAGAGGGAUAGACGGCGUGAGGGAGGCGUUGACCGUGUUGGAAGGAACGGGCGUGAAGAGUGUGGCGAUCGGCGGCAUCAAGUCGACCAACAUCCUGCGCACGCUCCAUGGAUGCGUAUCUUCAUCAGGAUAUGGCCUGGACGGCGUAGCCGUCGUGUCAGACAUCAUGGCGUCCACUGAUCCUCAGGCGGCAGCGAGGCGUCUUGCAGACAUCUUUGCAGCCUGGAAAGCAGUCCCUCGCAGCCCCGUCAGUUUUACUCCCCACGUCUGCAGCAGCUCGCAUACUCGAGACGCGGUCAUUCGGGCAGCAGCAGAGCUCGUGUUGAGCGUGAGGCAAGUGAAGCCUCUUGUGCACCAGAUCACCAAUAAUGUCGUGAAGACGCAAUCCGCGAACGUUACACUGGCCAUGGGCGGGUCGCCCAUCAUGGCCGCUGCGGCCCAAGAGCAGGAAGAACUCGCUCGUAUACCGGGUGGCUUAUUAGUGAACUUUGGAACCGUGGAGGAUAUGGAUGGAAUGCUAGCAUCUGGCUUCCACGCUAACCUGAAUCGCAAACCGGUCGUGUUUGACCCUGUCGGUGUUGGGGCGACGAAGUAUCGCCAGAAUUGUGCGGCCCAAUUAUUGAACUUGUGGCAGGCGACCGUGAUAAAGGGCAAUGCUGCUGAAAUUGGAGCUCUCGCGAAGUCGGAAGAGGUCAAAGCACAAGGGGUCGACACCCUCGGCCCCGGCUUCAAGGACCCUUCGUCGGUCGUCCGUCUCCUUGCACGUCAAGAACGGUGUGUCGUCGUCCUCAGUGGACCCACAGACUAUGUCUCCAACGGAUCAACCGUCCUCCGCCUUUCGAACGGUCACCCCCUUCUUGGCCAAAUCACAGGCUCGGGUUGCAUUGUGGGCACAGCGAUCGCCACCUUCUGUGGCGCGGCGGCUAUUCUCGCCGAGCGUGAUGCGCCUGCGGGUGCGGCAGGCGAGCUGGUGAGAGGCGACAUGUUGAUCGCUGCCGCAGCUGGUGUGCUUGUGUUGACCAUCGCCGCGGAGAUCGCUGCCGAGAGGGAGGACGUGAAGGGCCCGGGAACAUUCUUGCCGGCGCUCAUUGAUGAGCUCGCACGACUGACGCCAGAAGUGGUUGAACGACGGGCCAAAGUCGAAGUUGAGGCUGAGAUAUGAAGGUUCUGGCCAGGGUAAUGAAAACGUUGAUCUAAGUAAGUAAAAGUGUAAGUCUGGUUGUGUGUACGAUAGAGUUCCGCUGGCAAAGAGACGCCCUUCGGUGAGACCUCAUCCGACGGUGGUUCUACGAAGUUCCGAUAAAAUUCGACAACAGUAGUGUACUUACUUGUGUGUGUUCACCUACGAGUACCCGCUGUCAUCAUGAUG